GGCAUAAUUGGGAUUUCGGGUCGCUCUGUGUACUGUUUUGGCGGACCAGGUUUUUGUUCUUGCUCCGAAUUGUCUUGGACGGCAAUCUCGGAAUCUGUUUAUCUCCCUCUGGAGGUAAUAAUUUAUCUGAUAUCAUAGAUAAUCGAUUUCUAUAUAUUCAUUCCUGUAAUUUCGUCUUUGUGUUUCAAUUGCGGUAUAUGUUUGUUUAUCGAGUUCUGUUUGUAUUCAGUUAACGCUGAAAUUCAUAAGUAUUUGAUCUGGGGGCAAAUUAUAGUGGAAGUAGAUAAAAGGGCAAUAAAUUAUGGGGUUGAUGCAAGCAUUAAAAGGUCUUGAUGCGUUUCCCCGUGCUGAAGAACACUUGCUGCAGAAGACAAAAUCCGGCGCCUUCGUUUCCAUUUUUGGGCUGGUAAUCAUGGCAACAUUGUUCUUUCACGAGUUGACAUAUUACCUUUCAACUUAUACGGUACAUCAGAUGGAAGUAGACUUGAAACGUGGAGAAACUCUUCCCAUCCACAUAAACGUAACAUUCCCAUCUUUGCCAUGUGAUGUUUUAAGUGUAGAUGCUAUUGAUAUGUCAGGGAAGCAUGAAGUUGAUCUAGACACAAACAUAUGGAAGCUUCGCUUGAAUAAUGAUGGCCAAAUCAUUGGCACAGAGUAUUUGUCAGACCUAGUGGAGAAGGAACAUGCAGCUCAUGGGCAUGAUGACCACAAAACUCAUCAUGAGGAUUCGGACCAUAAAGUUGAACUUCACAGUUUUGAUAAAGAAGCUGAAAAUUUGAUUAAAAAGGUGAAGCAGGCACUGGCCAAUGGAGAAGGUUGCAGGGUGUAUGGGGUUUUGGAUGUGCAAAGGGUUGCUGGGAACUUCCAUAUUUCAGUUCAUGGGCUGAAUAUUUUCGUUGCUCAAAUGAUUUUUGAAGGGUCUUCUCAUGUCAACGUGAGUCAUAUAAUUCAUGAUUUGUCUUUUGGGCCGAAAUAUCCUGGAAUUCACAACCCACUUGAUGGGACAAUGCGGAUAUUGCGUGGAGCAAGUGGAACAUUCAAGUAUUACAUAAAGAUUGUUCCGACUGAAUACAAAUAUAUCUCAAAGGAAGUUUUACCUACAAAUCAAUUUUCUGUCACGGAGUACUUUUCACCUAUCAAUGAGUUCGAUAGAAAGUGGCCUGCUGUAUACUUUUUGUAUGAUUUGUCACCAAUUACUGUGACCAUCAGAGAAGAACGUCGCAGUUUUCUCCACUUCAUCACCCGGCUAUGUGCCAUACUGGGUGGUACAUUUGCCUUAACAGGAAUGCUAGAUAGAUGGAUGUACAGGUUUAUCGAAGCAGUGACAAAACCAAACGCUAGAAGUUUUUCUCGGUGACUUAAGAGCCAAUGAUGAAGUAAUUUCAGAAUGCUCUGAAUGCGAUUCUCAAGAACGAACUCAAAGUUUGUAGUCAUCGGGGAAGUUGAAAUAUUUACAGCUCUGUAUUUGUCUUUUCCAGUUUCUUUUCUCGUCGGAAAUUUUAAAAUUAAGCUUUUUGACAUCAUCUGCUGUUGUCUUAUACAAGCUACAAGUUUUUGUAGUUCUUUUUCUUUUUGUACCAGUCGAGUUGGGGAUUUGGCACAAUUUAGUGGCAUCUCUUGGCGUAUGAUACUCUUGGUAUUUCCUUCCAUUCUCCAGGGAAAAUUGCGGCUAUUGUCCCCAACGUUUGUGUGCAUUUUGACUUUUGGCCCCAAUGUAUUUUUCUUAGCACCUGUAGUACCAUGCACGUGAUGAAAGGGUAAUAAUGUCAGUUACCUUUUAAACUUCA